AUGUUAUUGCACAUCUUGUGUAUAGUGUGGGCUUCAUCUGUCAUUUUUCUGCAAGGCAGGUCUGUGCUUUGUAAGGAGGUGAAGCUCCCCAGCAAGACAACCAAGCCCCCCUCUCCAUCUGACUUUCUGGACAAACUGAUGGGACGCACAUCUGGCUAUGACGCUCGCAUCAGACCAAACUUCAAAGGUCCUCCUGUCAAUGUCACCUGUAACAUCUUCAUCAACAGCUUCGGAUCCAUCACUGAAACAACUAUGGACUACAGGCUCAAUGUAUUUCUGCGACAGCAGUGGAAUGACCCUCGACUAGCAUAUAAGGAGUAUCCAGAUGACUCUCUGGACCUGGAUCCCUCAAUGUUGGACUCUAUUUGGAAACCUGACCUGUUCUUUGCAAAUGAAAAGGGAGCAAACUUUCACGAGGUUACAACAGACAACAAACUGCUUCGGAUAUUCCAGAAUGGAAAUGUCCUCUACAGCAUCAGGCUGACGCUUACCCUUUCCUGUCCCAUGGAUCUGAAAAACUUCCCCAUGGACAGCCAGACGUGUACGAUGCAGCUUGAAAGCUUUGGCUACACCAUGAAUGAUCUCAUUUUUGAAUGGCUGGAUGUGGGAGCGGUGCAGGUGGCUGAUGAUCUGACGCUCCCUCAGUUUGUGCUAAAAGAGGAGAAAGGCCUCGGCUAUUGCACCAAGAACUACAACACAGGUAAAUUCACCUGCAUUGAGGUCAAAUUCUACCUGGAGCGUCAAAUGGGCUACUACCUGAUCCAGAUGUACAUACCGAGCCUGCUCACUGUCAUCCUGUCCUGGGUGUCGUUCUGGAUCAACAUGGAUGCAGCCCCGGCCAGAGUGGGACUGGGAAUCACUACAGUGCUCACCAUGACGACACAGAGCUCUGGCUCCAGAGCCUCCCUGCCCAAGGUGUCCUAUGUGAAAGCCAUCGACAUCUGGAUGGCAGUGUGUCUUCUUUUCGUGUUUGCCGCACUACUGGAGUAUGCAGCUGUUAAUUUUGUUUCACGCCAGCACAAGGAGUUCUUCAGACUGAGGAAGAAGCUCAAAGAACAACAGCGACAGAGAACUCAGGCAAGUGGUGACAGUAAGGUGAAAGGAAGCCAAAUGUCAGGCAACAAUGCUCCUCAUGGGAACGUAGCCCAGCGGUGCAGCGUCUGUGCCAAGGAGGAGGAGCUGGCACAGCAGGGAUUACUCUUCCAGAGUUUUGGACUUGCGCUGUCAACAGGAAGUGGACCGGAAAUGGAUGCAACACCAGUAUUUGCUGAUUUACCUCCUGGCUUAGGUUUCUAUGACAUACGUAGGCGCUUUGUGGAUCGGGCAAAAAGGAUUGACACCAUCUCCCGAGCUCUCUUCCCCAUGAGCUUCCUCAUGUUUAAUGUCCUUUACUGGCUUACCUACAAAGUUCUACGACAUGAAGACCUUCUAGCCACACUGUGACAAUGAAACAACUGAGGACCAUUAAGACACCGGAUACCUUUAAUUCUACUCUCAUCACUGAAACAUUUACAUGCUGAGAGUCCUCAGCUGAGCCAUGCAAGAUGCGUUUUGACUGCAUGUCCAAUGCAAUUGGAAAAUUCCACGACAUGGAACAGUCCGUCGGUUUCUUUUAAUUUUUAAUACUUCCAAAGAUAUGCACUUUUUAUUGGCACGGAUGCUUUAUGCAUUACGUGUCAGUGAACAGUAUGUGUGUACAAUCAGCAUCUUAAGUAUUUCAACUUACACUUUUUUGGAAACAUUUCUGUGUGUGCAGUUACUGUAGAUUCACAUGUAUUUGGACUACAGCACACCCUUACCAGGUCUACAUUUUUUUUAUUAUGCACUAAUUUAACUGGUGGCACAGUCAACAGUGUCCAGAGCUACAGGUUUCUUAUCAUCAGACAAAACAUAUCACUACAAGCAGGAAUUACACUUUGAAACAGAAACAUCUUUACCGUGUUUCUCACCUUAACCAUGCGUUACAGAGCUGAAAAAUACAUUAAUGGAAACAUUUAGUUUCUUUGUAUGCUGCAGAAAUAUAGGAUUGAAUACUAUUUUUUUUGACAUGGCUAUUUUAUCUAUCAUAAUAGUAAUCAGUUACGUUUCAAACCCUCCAAGACUACCUGUAAUAUAAACAGGAAAGUUUUUUGAAAUAUCUUUCAAAUUUAAAUUAAGUAAUACGUAUUAUUCAACCUCAACCAUCUCAGUCUUCAGUUUCAAACCUGCAUACUUUCCAGGGAUUUAUAUGACCAAUAUUCAAUCCUUUAACAAGAAUAACAUGAAAUGUGGCAUUAUUAGAUGCUAAUGAGCUCUGGAGAGUGGUGUAUAAUGCCAGCUAGUUUUUAUUCAUAUCAAAAUGAUUACAAAUAAUCAUAUUAAAUAUAUUGUAUCAACAAAAAGGUUGAAUUCAGGUUGUUGGAGAUUGGCUUACUUGGUAAUGGGAAUUGGCUGCAUGAGAACAGUUAUCAAAACAUGUUGCUUAACUAAUGUUCUCCUGAGGCCUGCACGCUGAGAAUAAAUUGUCUCUGUGUAUUUUUUCCUAAGAAACAAACACAUCCCUGAAACUCUUUGUUGGUCAAUAUAAAAUAAAGAAAUGCUAUAAUAUGAAAACA